UCUUAAUCGUAAAUGUGUGUUUAAAAAAUUAAUUUUACUUUAUUUGGACACUAAUCAAAUCGCGAUAAUAUAAAAGUUUCAAGUGCUUAAAAUCUUGUAGAUAAUUUUAAUAUAAUUAAUGAUCAUGGAUUCUGUGAAUUUAAGAGAUCCGACAAAAAUAGCAAAUAGAAUUUAUGUUGGACAUAUUAAUGAAGGAAUAACAUUAGAACUAUUGGAUAUCAAAUUUGCGGUUUAUGGAAAAAUUGUUGGUAUCUUAAGAACAUCGCCAACAUUUGCAUUUAUUCAGUUUGAUCAGCCAAGCAGUGCUCAAGCGGCUAUAGAUAAUGAAAAUGGAACUUUCAUGGGAAGUCAGAAAAUUAUGGUCAAGACCGCUGAAAUGAAGAGUCAGAAACAUAAAUUUCCGAUUAAUGAAAUUAAGGAUAUCACAGACGAUGAGCCGAUGAAUAAAAAAUAUUUCUCUGAUGCGAAUGAAUAUUAUGGAAAUAACUCAAUUAUGGCACCAACUAUGGAUUCGGACAUCAAUCACUGUGAAAUUAUAGUCCUUUCCAGGUCUCUGAGGCCAUAUGCUGAAGAAGUUGAAAAACAGUUAAAGAUGCUGGGGAUGCAUGUGGAUUUGAUGUUUCCGAAUGAUCAGAUUCCGAUGAACAAAGUUUUGGGUAAUAUUCAGUCACGUGGAUGUUUGUAUGGUAUUCUCAUAACUCCAAUUAAUGCUGAACGGAAAAGUUUGACUCUUACUAUUUUAUACGGCGAUGCCACAGAACACAGAAACAUGCCAACUGAAGACGCAAUUCGCUUCAUUUACAAAGACUUUGUUAAUAAGACAAAAGGAAUAUCUCCAAACAGAAGUUAUCAACAUCCAGAGGCGAUUUCUACACUUUUGAAAAAUCUAUUUGAGAAUCGAUCAUUAACUGUGUUACAGUAUGAUCACAUAAUUAAAUAUUUGUCACAAAGAAAGGAAGCACAAGUAGUUGCUGAAAUCGGAGAAGAUGCACAUGAAAUAAAUAUGGAUACAACGCCUGCAGUUAAUAAUACAAAUUCGGGAACGACUCCAGCGGCAUCAACUUCAACAUUUACUUCAUAUGCUCAAGAUAGAGCAAACGAACUGCAAAAAAAGAUUCUUGGAAUGCUUAAGAAUAAAUCAAUAACUGAGAAGAUUGCACUGAACGUCGAAAAGAAGGCAAAACUGACACAAUCAGAUAAAGACGAUUUAAAGCAAAAAGUUUUAAAAGAUGAGAAAGUAAAAUCAGCAUUGAGUGCAUUAUUGGGAAGAAAAUAAGCGUAAUAAAAAUCACUUUGUAUUUGAUCCG